AUGGCCACUGCUCUGGCCCCGGGCGCUGCCCACGCCGCAAACAGCACCACCAGCACAGGUCUCGGACCCAGCACCACCUCGCACUCCAACUCCAUCCGCCAACCCGCCCGCCAAACCCGCACAAACCCCAGCCGCACGUCCAAAACAGCCAGCCGCACCACCUUCGCCAGCCUGGGUCUCCACGGGAGCAGUGGCGUAUACGGGCUCGGUUCCAGCGUCGGUCUCGGCGGUGCUGGUGCUGGUGCUGGUGGUGCCGGAGGAGGCGCAAGGCGCGAAUCAGCUGCGCGCAACAUCCCGCACGGCCUCUACCCGGCUAUCACUCACUUCACGGACGCCAUUACGGCGCUGCCCAAGGAGUUUCGGAGGCAUGCGUCGUUGCUGAAGGAGGUGGAUGGGAAGGCGUGGGCGUUGGAAGAGGCGUUGUCGAAACAGCUGGAUGCGGCAACGGCGUCGACGCCUUAUGCGAAGUUGAUGCAGGGGGGUAUACCGACGAAAGAACCGAUCAACUACGACUCGCCCGAGGCACUUGCCCGCAGGAAGAUUUUCUUUGACCUCCGCUCCACUCUCUCCGACCUUAUGAUUACUACCGAUGAGAAGAACCAUGUGUUGUGGAAUGCGAAUAAUGAGCUUGAAAAGCAGAUUAGGCGCAUUGAUGCGACUUUUCCAUACGUUGAGGGCGAGAUAAGUGAAGAGGCCCGGCUAGGUAGCCUCACGCACUGGGCAUAUUCGAACAAGACUGUCGCAAAGACCACGGGCAAUACAUCUGAGCGUCCCCGGCGUGAAACUGCCGCUACCCGUGAUCAUAACCUUGCUGCGGCUCUCGAGGGCGAAGCUAGACGGGAGGGCGUUUCCCGAAAACAUAGGCGUACUUACGGUGAUGUGGAUGCUGAAGACGGGCGGAUUCCAACUCGGAAAGGCACGGGCGGUAAAGGGAAAAGCAGUGAAACGCUGUCCAAUAUCCCAAUUGGCGCGGGUGUUGCUGCUGCGAGCUCUGCUGCUCCUGCUAAACGGAGGAGAGUCGAGAAACCUCAACCCAUAGCUUCUGCUACCGGUUCCGCAAUGGAGCGGUCGGCUAGCACGACGACGAAUGCAGGUACUGGACGAGGUGCUGUGAAAGAUGUUUCUGCUACUGAUGGCGUGAAGAAGAGAGUACGAGCGCCGAAUGCUAAUCCUACGGGGAGGAAAAGAACAAACACAACGGCGUCCGCGACUGGAUCUCCAGCGCUACUCCCUUCUUCCGCUAUACUCCCCCUUAACGCUUUGACAAAAGCUGCCAGCCCCGCUCCCAAUAUUAUUCCGGUAACACCAUCCUCCCGAUCGCAGCUAGCUAGUACCCAAGUAACCAAUGGCCGUCAGCGGCCUUCAUCAUCUGCGUCGAAUCGGGCGCCUAAUUCAAGUACGUUGCCCGGACCCACACCUGCAUGUAUCACCCGCCUGGACGUCCCUAACCCGGUUGUUCCGAUCGCAGAAAAACCCACUUCUUCAGACCUCAAGCCCUCCACUUUAUCCAGGGAUACUGCUAUUACUAGAAUAGAGCCCACUUCUUCUACUCUAGCGGAAGUUAAUAAGGACGAGAAAGCGAGUCCUUCCAUCUCCACUACCCCGAGACCAGCGGAGCUCGUACCAAAACAGGAGGACACAGCUCCUGCUAGCUACAAUAACAUCAAUAACAGUAAUGCCAAUAACGCAACCAAAGCUGAAGCUGGCUCUAGCUCUGAACCCCAACCAAAAGGCCGGUCAUCCAAAAAUUCAACUCCAGUGCUCUCCGCUUUACCCGACCUAUCGCAACAACACUCGCAGCCACAACGGACCACGAGACCGCGCGGCGGUACUGUGACAGCGGCGGAUGGCGGAGGACCAGGCGGCCCUAGCACCUCCAGCGGCACCGGUGCUGGUUCCGGCGCUGGCACCACCAAACGAUCACAUAAAAAGGGUGCAGGGCUUGCACCAGCCGCGCAGCAGCUUGUCGCUGCGGCCGCAACAGAAGACGAGGACUCUUCACGCCAAGGGGAUGAUGAAGAGGAAGAAGGAGAGCCGAGGUAUUGUUACUGUAAUCAAGUUAGUUUUGGGGAAAUGGUUGCUUGCGAUAAUGAAACGUGUCCGCGCGAGUGGUUUCAUUUGUCGUGUGUGGGCUUAUCAAGGGCGCCGCUGAAGAGCUCUAAAUGGUAUUGCAAUGAGUGCAAGGAUAACCUGAAAAAAGGGAAAUUGGGGAAUGGGAAAUAAGAUGUAAUAAUCUGCCCGCUCUAUUUUAUUAUCACUCACCUUGCUCAUCUUUCGUCCUCCUUCUCUCGGAUGAAGCUAGACAUGGACCAUCGAUCGAAUUUGCCAUGGUUUAGUUGAUCCUUUUUACUUAACUUGCAAAUAUAGUCCUCGCCCUCUUUUAAUAACUCUUGUCCCAGUCCCACCCACCUUACGCUGCCAUUUCAUGAAUGUCACGAUUUGAAAGGAAAAACGAGCCAGAGAGAUUCCGCCAAAUAAAUAGCGGAAUUUUGGCCUGGGGUGUUGUUUUAUUAGUGCUAGAUCUUGGGGAGGGGUUUCUUCAUUCCUCUUCUCUCUUGCUCGGUUUUUGUAUUUCAACGCCUUAAAAACUGUCCAG